AUUUUAUAUUUUCAUUUUCCAUGUGCUGGUCCUUCUGUAAUCCGUACCUUGGCCGGUAGAAUAUUUUAUUCUAUUUCACAAUGGAAGUAAUAUAUUUUUUAUAAAACUUAAUAAAUUACAAAGCUUGUUAUGUUUACCAAAUCGAGAAUUCUGUACAAAAGCAGCUUUCUAAAGUGCUUCCAAAGAAACAGUACCUUUAAGUCCGAAAUAUUAGCUGAACCCAACAGCUUAGUGGACCAAAAAGCGUUGAGUGAAUUUAAAAAAUUGCUCAAAAAGCUAGAGGUGCCGGUAAGGGAUGGAUUUACAUGUUUACAAAUAGAAUGCAGAUUAUGCAAUAAUCCUACCAGAUCGACGGCGUUUUUAAAUAAAACGACAGGUCUCUUCAUGUGCCCAUCAUGCCAAGUUAAAUUUCCCUUUAAGGAUGUUAAAAAAAGCUACGAGGAAAAUGUUCAAAUCAAUGAGGUCAAUUUGAAGAAAGAUGUGUACAUUCCCUCGAUAAAUACGGUUGAAGAAGUGCCCAAGGAAAUCUGUGAUAGCCUGAAAAUACCAUCAAUUAGUACUCAGUUGCGAAAAUUUGGUGUGAAAUAUGACAGUGAUACUGAAAAUCUGUACUUUCCAUUGAAGGAUGCAACUGGCCAACACGUUGGUGAUAAAAUUCUAAACCUGGCCACUCUAGCAGAGGAAACUUUACCCAAAGAUAAUUGUUCGGGUAUCCUAUGUCAUGGCCCAACGGAUGCAUCCAAAGCAGUUUUGGUUUCAAAUAUUAUGGAUUACCUCUCACUUUGUGGACAGAAGGUUGAAGGAUAUAGUAUAAUUUGCUUGCCGUACUCGCUCAAAGCACUGCCACAAGAGUGUCUCCCUGCCUUGGAGACGUAUAAAGAACUAAUAUUUUGGUUUGACUUCGAUUCGGCCGGUUGGGAUGUGGCUCACAACUUUUCUAUUAAGUUAGAAGAAAGACGGUGCCUUUUCAUUCGUCCCACCGAUGUUCAACCUACACCUUUUAAGGCUAUGAAGAAACACUUGAACCUGCGACACAUAAUACAAAGAGCUACUCCCAUUCGUCACAAGUCGAUCACUACCUUCAGCGAACUGAAGAUGGACAUUCUUAGUGAGUUGCAAAACAUCGAAAAAGUAAACGGAGUCAAAUGGAAGCGGUUUCCUGUUCUAAAUAAGCUGCUUAAAGGUCAUCGAAAGGGUGAACUUACCAUCUUGACUGGACCCACCGGUUCGGGGAAGACGACAUUUAUGUCCGAGUACUCCCUAGACCUGGCACUCCAAGGCGUAUCCACGUUAUGGGGUUCAUUUGAAAUUCGAAAUACACGACUGGCGUUGACAUUACUGCGGCAGUAUGUCGGCUAUCCCCUCGAUGACAAACUCAACGAGUUUGAAUAUUGGACAAGCGAAUUUGAGAAGUAUCCCAUGUAUUUUAUGACCUUUCACGGCCAGCAGAGCAUUAAAGUUGUCAUGGACGCCAUAGAACACGCUCAGUAUGUGUAUGACAUCAAACAUGUUAUCAUUGAUAAUAUUCAAUUUAUGAUGGGAAUGUCGGGAUUCAAUAAGGUCGAUAAAUUCUACGAACAGGACGCAGUUAUCAGUGCUUUUAGGUCGUAUGCAACGCGUAAGAAUGUGCAUGUCACUUUAGUAAUGCAUCCACGAAAAGAACGUGAUUCAGACGAGUUGACCACUAGUUCAAUAUUUGGCAGUGCUAAAGCUACACAAGAGGCCGAUAAUGUUUUGAUCAUUCAAGACAGAAGGCUUACAUCAGUUGGAGGGAAGAAGUUUUUGCAAGUUGCCAAAAAUAGAUACACUGGAGACCUGGGAAUUAUGCCUUUAGAAUUCGACAAAGAUGGAUUAAGUUAUGUUAAGAAAAAAAAGAAAAAAGAAGAAAUAAAAUCUUAAAGAAAUUAAAAAAU